CCUCCGCCUCCGAUGCGCUCGGUGGCCAGACUCCAAGUGGGACCGGCGGACACGCAGCCUCGCGUGUCAGCAGGACCUGAUGGAGACUCGAGCUCUUGAUUCAGGGGCUCGGGAUUCCUACGGUAUUCCCAGCCACCUGCCCAACAAGGGGGCCCUGGUUAAAGCCAAGAACAAUUUCAAAGAUCUGAUGUCCAAGCUGACCGAGGGCCAGUAUGUGCUGUGCCGGUGGACGGAUGGGCUGUAUUACCUCGGGAAGAUCAAAAGGGUCAGCAGUUCUAAGCAAAGCUGCCUUGUGACUUUUGAGGACAACUCCAAAUACUGGGUUCUCUGGAAGGACAUACAGCAUGCUGGCGUUCCAGGGGAGGAGCCCAAAUGCAACAUCUGCCUGGGGAAGACAUCAGGGCCGCUAAAUGAGAUCCUCAUCUGUGGGAAGUGUGGCCUAGGUUACCACCAGCAGUGCCACAUCCCCAUAGCAGGGAGUGCGGAUGGGCCCAGGCUCACUCCUUGGUUCUGUCGACGCUGCAUCUUCGCAUUGGCUGUGCGGAAAGGCGGGGCGCUGAAGAAGGGUGCAAUCGCCCGGACGCUGCAGGCCGUGAAGAUGGUGCUGUCCUACCAGCCCGAGGAGCUCGAGUGGGACUCGCCCCACCGCACCAACCAGCAGCAAUGCUACUGCUACUGCGGGGGCCCGGGAGAAUGGUACCUGCGGAUGUUACAAUGCUACCGGUGCAGACAAUGGUUCCAUGAGGCCUGUACACAGUGCCUCAACGAGCCCAUGGUGUUUGGAGAUCGGUUCUACCUGUUCCUCUGCUCCGUGUGUAACCAGGGCCCCGAGUACAUCGAGAGGCUGCCCUUGCGAUGGGUGGAUGUGGUUCACCUAGCCCUCUACAACCUGGGGGUGCAGAGCAAGAAGAAAUACUUUGACUUUGAGGAGAUUCUGGCCUUUGUCAACCACCACUGGGAGCUUCUGCAGCUUGGCAAGCUUACCAGCACCCCCGUGACAGACCGAGGACCGCAUCUCCUCAACGCUCUGAACAGUUACAAAAGCCGGUUCCUCUGCGGCAAGGAGAUCAAGAAGAAGAAGUGCAUCUUUCGCCUGCGUAUCCGAGUCCCCCCCAACCCUCCUGGGAAGCUGUUGCCUGACAAGGGGCUGGUGCCAAGUGAGAGCGGCACCUCCUCUGAGCUGCUGCGUAAGAGAGGAAGGAGCAAGGCCAGUUUGUCGCCUCACGAAUUCCAGCAGCAGAAAAGGCGAGUUUAUAGAAGAAAAAGAUCAAAGUUUUUGCUGGAAGAUGCUAUUCCCAGUAGUGACUUCACCUCUGCCUGGAGCACCAACCACCACCUGGCCAGCAUAUUUGACUUCACGCUGGAUGAAAUGCAGAGUUUGAAGAGUGCCAGCUCAGGCCAGACCUUCUUCUCUGAUGUGGACUCCACUGAUGCUGCCAGCACCUCAGGCUCUGCUUCUACCAGCCUCUCCUAUAACUCCAGGCGGACAGUGGGCAGCCGCAAGAGGAAGCUAGCAGCCAAAGCGUACCUGCCCCUGCGGGCAAAGCGGCGGGCCGCCGAGCUGGGUGGGCGCUGCCCCUCAAACAGCAGUGCUGAAGGAGCUUCGGGCCCUGAGCGACCAGACGAAGGCAUUGACAGCCACACAUUUGAGAGCAUCAGUGAAGAUGAUUCCUCCUUGUCCCACCUCAAGUCAUCGAUCACCAACUACUUUGGUGCAGCGGGGCGGUUGGCCUGUGGGGAGAAGUACCAGGUGUUGGCUCGGAGGGUCACACCAGAUGGCAAGGUUCAGUACCUGGUGGAAUGGGAAGGGACUACCCCUUACUGACCACUCCUCAGGGGCCACCCGAGCCCUGAAAACCCAAAGGAGGGACAGCAGAAGCCAUAUGCUCCCCACUUCUUCGUGCUGGGGAAGGGGAGGGAACUGGGACAGAGCUGCAGAAGGCCCUGCCUGUGUGCCCACCAGGCCAAAGUCAAGGCCUGUGCUGCCUUCGCUGUGCCAGUUCUGUUGUGGAGCCUCCUUGGGCCUAUCACCCUUUGCCUGUAUCUCUGAGGCCACAUGGGCUGUUUUUCACUGUCUGCACACUCACACCCCUUCAGCUGUGUUUUGGUUCCUCUGAAUCCACAUCCCCUCUAGCUUGUGUCCCUUUCUCCUUCCACCUUGUACUCCUUUUUUGCGGGGGGGGGGUUGUUUGUGUGUUUUCAUGUUCUCCAUGUGCACAUCUGUCCCUCUACUGGGUAACCUUCAUGUCUGGCCAUGGGGGCUGGUCCUCCUAGGGACCACAUUAUGAGAAUGGGGCCCCUGAAGGACAAAGGGGGGUGCUGUGGGACCUUUCUUUUCCUUCCUGCCACUCCCCCUGCCUCUGGAAAUACCCACGUGGCAGAGAGGCUGGGAGCCAGGGCCUGAGGAGCGAAGAGCCAGAUUUCUGCCCAGACAGCAGUGGGGCCUCCUGUUAAGGCUGAGUGGGAGGCCUGCUGCCUUCAGUUCUGCAAGUCCUAGAAAUUUGCCCAUCACCAGACCACAGCUCUUUGUAGUUGCCAUGGAGCUGGGCCUGGCCUGGCUGCUAUGGAGGAGUCAUUGGACACCUAGAGGACUGGAACCUCUGGGGGAACCUGCUAAAUCCAAGACCUACCACACACUGCCACAUGCGAUCAUUUGUACACAUAGCUACACAAGAUGACUUCAUGCCACCACCCACAUACACACACAUUGCCACACAAUACACAUCCCCUUGUGCCACCAUGUAUACAAAUACUCCCACCUAAUACAUGCUCUCAUGCCACAUGAAUAUACACACACCAUGCGUGCACAAACCACCACAUAACACACAUGCCUUCAUGCCAACAUGUGUACAGACAGCCACAACACAGUGCCUUCAUGCCACCACGUGUACCCACAUGUACUGCCACACAUUCCCUCUAGGGCAGCCUAGCUCUUGCUCUUGGCUCUCCCUUGGCCGCCUGUAAGGCCAUGUGCUAUAAUUGAAUGUGAAAGCCCAGCUCCUGCCCCCCUACCCUUGGCCUUGAACCAGCUUGGUUCCCCCACAGGGAAGUGGGGGACCUCAGUCUCCUAUUCCUUCCCUGCCUGAAACUGACAGUCACUUUUGGGGAUAGGCUCGGAUUUUUCAAGGGCCCAAGCCCGUUACUGGAGAUAUAAAUAGAAUUCCUAGAACAGACAUUCAUUCAGCUCCAUUGGGAGGGAUACCAAAAUUGGGAGGGGAACAAGCACCCCUUCUUUUUUGCUGCUUCCAGAUUUAUCAGAAACGGACUCACUUGGUGGGAGAGGAAAGAAGUGCCUUGACUAGGGGGUGGUGCGGGGGAGGGAGCAGGAAUACCAGACUAGGACCAGCCUUGCCAACUACUUCUGUGGCCUCUGUCUUGCCUGGGUUGUGCAGGCUGCCAGCUGAUGGGUAGAGGUGGAGAAAUAAAAACAAAACAGCAUUCCCAAGGACCAAGGUUUCCUGCCACUAGGCCUGGCCCACCCCACCUGCAAACACUCCUGAUGACCCAAGAUGGGUUAGAUGGCCUUGCCUUAAACCUCAGCUACUAUAGUGCCUUUCAAGGGGACAUCAUCUCCUCCCCUGCACACAGCCCACCCACUUCCCUCUGCUUCCCAUAUAGCCCAGACAGAUGGACACUGGGCCCAGUUCUCAGCCCCACAUCUGCUGCCACUGAAGCCCUCCUGACAGCCCAGGUGGAAGGGAGCUGAGAAGCCAGCUCCCAGCCCAGCAAGGACCUGGGAUCCAAUCUGUGGCUUCCUGCUGAUUUCAGCCAGUGCAGCAACCUCCCAGUGCUUUCCAGGCUUCUGAGAAGCUGGCUGAUCUAGGCCUGUAACAGUACAUCUGUACCUUCCCCACUGGGCUCCAUGGGAGCUCUAGGUGUGCAGAGGGAAGGGCCAGGGGCGCCUUGCCUUCUUGGGAGACAGUAGGGGCCUAACUCCUACUCCAGCAUUUCAUUCCUUCGGGACAACAGCUGCAUUGCUGCCAACUGACCUUAUAACCCUGUGCACCUUCUAAAAGAUACAUGGUUUUGAAUUGCUGCUUUUUAAUAACAUUUGUUAUGUUAAAAUUAUAAUUAAUGUGUUUGGUUUACAAUACAAAAGUUCCCUUUGAAAACAUCCAUCUUUA